AAAAGCGUCUUUUACUGGAAAGAGGCGGUCAUUAGUCGGCAAUCAUUAGCCCAAACACACACAAACAGCACCACAGCACUGAAUUGUGAAUAUAAUGUAUUUGAUGGCAAUCCCUGUCUGACAGGCAUAACGUGCAUAAAGUUGGUGUCACUGAACGUACCGAAUCGGGUCCGGAAGGGCAGUGAAGUGGAGUUGUCGUGUCUGUACGACUUGGGCAACGCAUCCCUGUAUUCAUUGAAAUGGUUUUAUCGAGAGUCGCAUCGGGAGAGAGACGAACAGGAGUUCUUUCGGUACACCCCUCGCGGCAAACCUGUUAAACAAAUCUUCCCAUUGGACGGCAUUAAUGUUGACCUCAACAAAUCAGAGGGCGGAACCGUUACAAUUAGCGGCACUAAUGUGCGGACCACUGGUAACUACAAGUGUGAGAUCAGUGUUGAGGGAACCUUCCAAACGGUGUUCGCCGAGAAACUCAUGACUGUUGACGCGAGUCGGGCGUCACAGUUAUGGUCGGGAGUGAUGGACACAAAUAAAUUAUCGCUGAUUAUGGUGUGCGUCGGGUAUUCGCUGCACCGCUGGCAGUCGUGGGCACCGGUAGUGCAUUCAUCACUAUCUCACAUUCCUGGCGCUGUUGUCUUCGGCACUGGCUUUACAGACACCGAUAAUUCAAUUAUUCAAUACUUUAUACGUGACUUUUGGGAGUUUUUAUAUCAACCAAAACUUGAUUUCACAAAAGAUUCGUUAAACUAUUUACGAAACCAAUUGAAGAAAAAAGUGCAGAAAAAUCUGUGUCAACACAUCUUAAAUGUAUUGGACGAUCCGAUUACAGAUGGCAAUCAAGAGGUAAGGGUUUGUGGAUUUGUGUCUAAAUUCCUCGAAAACCAAUACUUCCAAGACUUCGAGAUCCACGCAAACCGUAACAUCGGCUUCAAUACUAUGAACGACUCAAAGUCCGUUCAACCAAUCCUUUUGAUAAUUUUU